CUCGGCAAAUGUCACUGUAGCUUCUGGCUGACACCGAUCCCAAGCGCAGCAACGUCGCAUUUCAUUAAGUUCUCUUGCCAUGACUUCGCAGCUCAAAUGAUCGGAUCAAUAUGUAAAUGAUUUGAGUACUGCUUCAGAAUACUUACAUUUCAAUUCCAAGACAAAAAUUCGAACGAUGAGUGAUUACGAGAAAUACCCAGAGCUGUACGCUCAAGAUCGGCAAAUAGACCCGCAGACAAGACAACGAACCGUCCCAAUGAAAGUCUUGAAUCUAAGCAUGAUACGAACGGGAACAACAUCAAUCCAACGUGCACUUGAGAUCCUGGGAAUCCAACCCGUAGCUCACGGCUUCACAAUCUUCACCCAGAGCCACGACCUCCUGAUGUGGCAGCGCGGCCUGCGCACCAAAUACUGGCCCACACCAAACACUGCCCCUUUCGACCGGCAAGAAUUCGACAACCUCCUCGGACAAUACGAAGGAUUGUCCGACUGGCCCUGCAUUGCCUUCUCCCAGGAGCUCAUCGCAGCAUACCCCGAAGCGAAAGUCAUCCUUGUCGAGCGCGAGAUCGAGUCAUGGUAUAAAUCGUUCACGACGACAGCCACGAAUAAUGUGUUCUGGGACGUGUUUUAUUACAUCGCGAUGCUGGAUUAUUAUCACUUGGGUCAGUUCCAGAUCAUGACGAGGUUGUUGGUUAAAGGCUGGUUUAAAGCGGAGAACCAGGUGGAGUUUGAGGCGAAUGCGAAGAGGGUUUAUAGGGAGCAUUACCAGAAUGUGAAGGUGUGGACGCCGAAGGAGAAGUUGUUGGUUUUUGGGUUGCAGGAGGGGUGGGAGCCUUUGUGUAGGUUUCUGGAUGUUCCUGUGCCGGAUGUUCCGUUUCCGAGGAUCAAUGAUUCGGAGGAGUUGCAGAGGAGGAUUAAUGUUAGCUUGAAGAUUUCGAUGAUGAGGGUGUUGAAGAAGGCUGCGCUGGUGGUGGGGGCGGUAGGAUCAGCAAGUGUGGCCUGGUGGAUGAGGAAAUCGUGAUUUAGAAAGUUUGUAUUCAUAAACGUACUAAAAACAAAGAGUGAAAGCACCCUGAGUAGGUGUCAAGAGAAUUUCUAGUGUGUUCUUACAAAGUACUUGUACAAGUCCCCCACUUCAUAUAAUCAAACACUUUUAUGAUGCACCUGAUCGUUGCUUGUAGAGGGAAUAGAAAGCCAAACUAGAUAGUAUACCCAAUAGAUUGGGUUCAAAAACCCAGAUAUCCUGAAUGAGAUUAUGACAGAUCCCCUAGUCCGAAUCGUCUCCGUUACCAAAUGAAUACUGAGCCUUCUCAAACUCUGACAUCUUCGUGAUAUCAUACUCAUGGCCACCUGGAUGUGUUCUUUUGAAUUUAGGAAA